ACAGGAUGGACUGAGGGAUCAAGGAGGGCAAAGCAAAACUUGGGCUGCAAAGAGAGAGAGAGAGAGAGAGACGGUGGCAAACAAGAUUCUGACUUGCUUGGCCUCAAAUCCAGAGCAGGAAGCAUUUGUUGAAGUGCUCCGUGGACUUUCCUGGGGAGCAGUGCUGAGGAGCUGCCUCUUGCUUGGCGUGUGAGGAAACCAGACAUGAGGGUCCCAUGGCUGACGCUGCUGUUCCAGGUCUUUGCCUGGGUCCUCUCUGCCAAGGGUGCUGCUGUCAAGAGCAUGGAAGAAAAAGAAGCCCUGGAGUUUUUGCUGCAAUUUGGAUACUUACAGAAGCCACUGGAACAGUUCUCAAAUAAGUUCACAGAAGAGGAGAUCGAGGUUGCUUUGAGAUCUUUUCAGCUUGCAUCAGGACUGCCCGCCACCGGGCAGGUGGACAUGGCAACCCUCUCCCAGAUGAGGCAGCCCCGCUGUGGUGUGGAUGACUCCUUCAAUGAAAGAACCCUCAAAUAUCGCCUCUUGGGUCGCUGGCACAAGAGGCACCUGACGUACAGGAUCUACAGUUACAGCGAAGACUUGGGGACUACUGCAACACGCACUGCAAUCCAGACAGCAUUCAAGUACUGGAGCGAUGUGACACGUCUCACUUUCCAGGAGGUGCGGACUGGCCGUGCUGACAUCCGCCUGUCCUUCCAUGGUUCUUCUCCUUGGGGCUGCUCACGGCCCUUCGAUGGGCCUGGUCAUGUACUGGCCCAUGCAGACAUCCCAGAAUUAGGUACAGUCCACUUUGAUGCUGAUGAGCACUGGACAGAAGGGACUUCCCAGGGGGUUAACCUACGCAUCAUUGCAGCCCAUGAGAUUGGUCAUGCACUGGGCCUGGGUCAUUCUCGGUACUCGACUGCACUCAUGGCUCCCUCUUACAAUGGCUAUCGGUCCCCCUUCCACCUGCAUCGUGAUGACAUCGAAGGCAUCCAGGCCCUGUAUGGUAAGAAGACUCUGUCAACAAAUGCACCUGGGACCUCCCCGGCCCUCACUACGGCUCCUACAGUGGCCUGGAAGCCUAGCAAAGUCCCUGAUCCCUGCAAAGAUGAGCUGGAUGCAAUCAUGCUGGGACCAUAUGAUAAGACGUAUGCAUUCCAUGGUGAUUAUGUGUGGACGGUGACUGAUUUUGGUACCAACCACCCAUUAAAGAUCUCAGCAUUGUGGAAGGGCCUCCCUGGGUGGCUGGAUGCUGCUGUGUACUCUCCCCGUACUGGGCGCACUUAUUUUUUCAAAGGUACUAAACUGUGGCGUUACCGGGGAUUCAAGUUGGAUUCCGGUUACCCUAAACCCCUCACUCGUAUCCCAGCCAAGAUAGAUGCUGCUUUCUAUUGGCCAAAAAACAAGAAGAUCUUCAUAUUUAAGGACACUGCCUACUGGCAGUGGGAUGAACUGGGGAGCUAUUUCACUAACACCCCUAGAAAGAUCUCCACCCUUUUCACUGGGGCUCCAUCCCACCUGGAUGCUGCAUUUACCUGGGAGAACCGCAAGGUCUAUUUUUUCAAGGGACAGAGCUACUGGAGACUCAGUGACCAGCUUCGAGUAGAAAGAGGCUACCCCCUAAGCACAGCAGAGCGCUGGAUGCUCUGCUAAAGCUUACAAUGAUGUUCUGGCUUACAACUUUCAGAGGCUGCCGUUCUCUGAGCAGUGAGAUUUGUUGGUUUUUUAAGAGACCCAACAGCGACACCUUAAGGUGGUGCACAAGAGCAAGUCUUCUGAAUAGGACCAAUUUGGGCAGAGGAGCAAAACCUAAUGACAUUGUGGAAAUUCUGUUUCUGCUGAGCUCCUUCAUUGCAAACAUACUUACUUUUUUUAAAAAUGCUGGAUUUCAAAAACAUUCCAUUUACCUCAGAGGCAACAUGGCUGGCAGAAGGAGCUAGCCCAGCUUCAGGAUACAGGAGACCUUGGAGACCAUUCGUAGGAGGUCAGACUGUAGAAUAAUUCAACAUUGGAGGGUUUUUUAAGGGAACUUUAAGGGCAUUAUAGAAGUAUCAUUCCCUGUUAUAUGAACACUCCUCUAUGGCUGUGUCUGGUCAGACAGAGCUGCAGGGUUUUCAUAACAGAAUACCAACAGUUCACUUUUUCUUUAUCUCUGUCAGAAGAACGGCUAAGCUUUUUUCCUUAAAAAACAACAUGAAACCUGAAAUGACAAGGAAAGUGUCUGGAAUAUCCUGGAGUAGGAGAGUAUAUCUCCUGCACUGUGUGCGUGCGCGCGCACACACACACACACACACACACACAGAUGUCAUUGUUAGGGCUAACUUUGGAUUCCAUGGUAAUAAUUUAAUCUCAUAUAUCUCACAGUGCGACCGAGGGCUAGAAUGUUGCUUCCAGUUAUGCAAAAUAUACUGGGUUCCCAAUAAAAAAAGAAUGUUGGUA